CUUGCAGCGCGGCCGCUAACCUAGGCGGCUUGUUCCGCGAUUCCCCCACGCGGGGCGGGUAAAGAGACUGAGAAGAGCGGCACCAUGCCGUGUGUAAGCCUGCCCGCCAAGGAGAGCAACCUCUUUAAGAGGAUACUGAAAUGCUAUGAACAAAAACAGUACAAAAAUGGACUUAAGUUCUGUAAGAUGAUCCUGUCCAACCCGCGGUUUGCUGAACAUGGAGAAACAUUGGCUAUGAAGGGUCUGACAUUGAAUUGUCUAGGGAAGAAAGAAGAGGCAUACGAGUUUGUAAGAAAAGGACUUCGCAAUGAUGUUAAGAGUCAUGUCUGCUGGCAUGUUUAUGGCCUUUUACAGCGGUCUGAUAAGAAAUACGAUGAAGCAAUCAAGUGUUACAGAAAUGCACUUAAGCUAGACAAAGACAAUUUGCAAAUUCUCAGAGACCUCUCAUUGCUCCAGAUACAAAUGAGAGACUUAGAAGGAUAUCGUGAAACCAGGUAUCAGCUACUUCAGUUACGCCCAACACAGCGGGCAUCAUGGAUUGGCUAUGCUAUUGCAUAUCAUUUGCUUAAAGAUUAUGAAAUGGCCUUGAAAUUGCUUGAAGAGUUCAGGAAAACUCAGCAGGUCCCGUCUAAUAAAAUAGACUAUGAAUACAGUGAACUAAUACUCUACCAGAACCAAGUCAUGAGAGAAGCAAAUCUCUAUCAGGAAGCACUAGAUCACAUUGAGACAUAUAAGAAACAAAUGUGCGACAAACUUCAGGUAGAAGAAAUCAGAGGAGAAAUAUUUUUGCAACUUAAAAGGUUGAAAGAAGCUUCUGUCAUUUAUCGAGCACUGAUAGACCGGAAUCCUGAGAAUUGGCAAUAUUAUGAAAAUUUAGAGAAAGCUUGUGAGCCUGCUACUGUGGAAAAGAGACUUCAGAUCUAUGAAGAGAUUAAUAAAAGACAUCCCAAAGCAGUUUCUCCAAGAAGGUUACCUUUAAACUUUGCAUCAGGUGAAAAGUUUCAAGAACUUGUGAGUCAGUUCCUGCGAGUCAACUUCAGCAAAGGUUGUCCACCCUUGUUUACCACCUUAAAAUCCUUAUAUGGAAAUUCUGAAAAGGUUUUAGUUAUACAAGAACUUGUUACAGGUUUUGAAACUGCACUGAAAUCAUGUAACAUGUUUGAUGUAGAUGAAAAUGGAGAGAAGGAGCCACCUACAACUCUGCUCUGGGUGCGAUAUUUCUUAGCACAGCAUUUUGAUAAAGUUGGACAGUGGUCAUUAGGGUUAGACUAUAUUAAUUCUGCAAUUGCCAGCACCCCAACAUUAAUAGAACUCUUCUAUAUGAAAGCUAAGAUAUACAAGCAUAUCGGCAAUCUUAAAGAAGCAGCUAAGUGGAUGGAUGAGGCCCAGUCCUUGGACACUGCAGAUCGUUUCAUCAAUUCAAAGUGUGCAAAAUAUAUGCUAAGAGCAAAUAUGGUCAAAGAGGCAGAGGAAAUGUGCUCAAAAUUUACACGGGAAGGUAUGCCUGCCGUGGAAAACCUAAACGAGAUGCAGUGCAUAUGGUUCCAGACAGAAUGUGCCAGAGCCUUUCAGAGACAAGGGAAAUAUGGGGAGGCACUUAAGAAAUGCCAUGAGAUUGAACGGCAUUUUUUUGAGAUCACCGACGACCAGUUUGAUUUCCACACGUACUGUAUGAGGAAAAUGACUUUAAGAGCAUAUGUGGAUCUUCUGCGACUGGAAGAUGUUCUCAGGCAACAUGAGUUUUAUUUUAAAGCUGCUGAGACUGCCAUAGGAAUCUACUUGAAGCUGCAUGAAAAUCCUUUGACCAAUGAAAACAAAGAGCAAGAAGUCAAUUCAGAAAACCUCUCUGCUAAGGAAUUAAAAAAAGUAUUAAGUAAACAAAGGAGAGCUCAGAAGAAAGCAAAACUAGAGGAGGAGAGAAAACAUGCUGAGAGAGAGCGGCAGCAGAAAAAUCAAAAGAAGAAGAGGGAUGAAGAGGAAGAAGAAACAACUGGCCCUAAGGAAGAGUUAGUUCCUGAAAAACUGGAAAGGGUAGAUAACCCUCUUGAAGAGGCUAUCAAAUUCCUUACACCUCUCAAAAGCCUUGCAGCAAAUAAUAUCCGCACCCAUUUAUUGGCAUUUGAAAUCUAUUUUAAAAAAGGAAAGUUUCUGCUCAUGUUACAGUCCAUUAAAAGAGCUAUUUCCAUUGACCCAAACGAUCCGUGGUUACAUGAAUGCUUGAUAGGGUUUUCAAAAGCAGUUUCAGAUCACAAUAAUCUCCCAGAAAUAGUGAACAAGGUACUUAAGCAUGAGAUGAAGAGUAUCUUCACUGACAAGAAUAUGAACAGUUUUAAUGAAGAGUUCCUCAGGCGCAAUUCUACCUCCAUUCGGCAUUUGCUUUCAGGGGGGAAAAUUAUGUAUUAUUUGGACAAAUCUAGGCAAGAGAAAGCAAUUGCCAUUGCAACAAAACUGGAUGACACUUUAAUUGAUAAAAAUGUUCAGAGCCUGACUAGUGUCUUAGAUGCACUUCUUGACGGAAGCUUUGGAAGCUGCAAUACUCAGUAUGAGGAGUAUCGGACAGCCUGUCACAAACUAUUCCCCUUAACGCCUGCCUUUAUGCUGUCUGCAAAUGAAGAUGACUGCAGUACAAUGCCGAUAAACCAUGCUGCUCUUAACCAUGAUGUGCUCUGUAUUGAAAUAUAGCACAAUGUUGACGUUCAAAGACUUCAGUGAUAAAGGGGUCACAUGCAUUGUUGUAAUGCAGAUCAGAUCAAAAUUUGGCCUUCUACCCUCUCUCUCUCUCCCUCCCUCAGCCUUCCAAAGAAAGGCCAACAGAUCACAUUGCUGAUCUAAAUCUGUCCUGUUUGUAACUGUACAGUUUUAAGUCUUUCUUCUUGUUUACUGGAGGAGUUGAUUAAUAUCUCCUUGUUUUGCAAUACGAGCAAACUGCUUUCUUAGAGAGUUACAAAUAGAAAGCUAAGGGUGAAAAUACAUAAAGUCAGAUGUAGCAUUAAUAGGUGAACCGCUUAGCUUGGCGUUUUUUUCUGGUUUUAUUUCAAAAGCAUACACAUCCUCGUGAGAUAUCUACAAGAUAAUACACUUAGAAUGCAUAUUGACAUGAUCUUAAAUUAGAGGCUGACAGAAUGAAGCACACUUCAGUGAUUGAGACAAAACAUAGGGAAGUCUACAGGAGUCAGGUUAAGCCAAUUUCUUUUAUUGCAAUAUAAUCAUUGCAUCCUUGCACUUUUGUGUUUUUAAAGAACAUUCAGAGAUGAAUUAAAACAGUCGAUUUAAUAUGCCCUUCAUGGAAGUCGAUUGUUGUAGCGUUCCAUGUUCUGUGUCUGUUUUGUGUUUGCUAGUUUGGGUGCAAUACUGCCUGUGCUAUUGAGUGUACACAUAAAAUGAUCCCUUACCUUCUGAAGGUGACAGUAGUUAUAGUAUAUUAAAAUAAGCUACAGGCCCCGCAGCAAGUAUAUUAAUACUAAGCAGUUGCACGUUUUACCGAUACCUUUUGCACCUUACUUUUGACAAGUUUUGGGAGAUUACAGAUUUAAAAGGGAAAAUAUAAGCAUUUUCAUUUGUUUUCAUAUGACAUAUCUUUCCUUAGUUGUUUCUUUUAAACCCCAAGCUUCCCUAUUUAAGUAUGUUUUUAAUAUGCUUUUUUAAGUCAACAGUUUAGUAAAAAAAAAUAAAAGGCAUUUUGAAUAA